UCAAAAUGUUUUCACCGCAUGGAUCGGAGGAGUGGUUAAAAUUUUCGAAGAUCAGAAAAGAUGGAACAAUUCUAAAUUUUUCCAUUCAAACACUACCAGAAAAUAGAUUUGACGAAUUUAUGGAUUUCAAAAUCAAAUACUACGUACAGCAAGAGGCUAUUCAUGUAGCUUCAGGUAUUGCAAACAACGAAAGGGCCUUGGAAGACUAUAGACAAGUCUACACGAAGCUGUUGAAGCAUCCUUCGAUCAAAAUAGUUAUUUGUUGCCUUGAGAAAGAUAAUGAUCAAUCAGAAAUAGUAGGAUUUUCUAUAGUAAAAUUGUUGAAAAUUGGAGAAAAGCAGAAUGAAGUUGUAAUUGAGCCAAAAACUGAAUUAAUGAGAAGAUUUUUGGAGAUCUUUGAACGCUUGGAAAAAAUCUUUGUAGUUUCUGAUUUGAUGAAGCAAUACAACAUUGAUAGUUAUUUGGAUGAUGAAGGACUUGCAACACAUCCUGAUUACAGAAGCUAUGGAAUAGCACAAGCAUUGAUCAAAAUAAGAAUAAUGCUUUGUAAAACUUAUGGCGUACCAAUGACCGGAGGUUGGGUCACAUCGCGCGGAACAGAUAUAGCUGCUACACGUCAAGGCUGUGUGAAAGUUUUCGAAAUUAGCCAAGAGGAAUUAGGCAAAAAAUUAGGAAUCGAACUUCCUGAUAAUGAAGUAACGCAUUACAAAUACUACAUUGUAAGUCCCUCUUCAGAGAAAAAUGUCUGUAAAUUAUAAUAUUAAAAUCGUUCACGUA